UUACAGAAGCCUCGUUUGUUUGUGUGAAGAUUUUCUUAUCUGGGAUCUCUCUUUCUUUCUUCCUAUUUUACAAAAAAAAAUAUAGUACUACAACACAACCUUUCAAGUCUCAAUAGAACUUGUGUCUUUCUCUCUCUUCUUCUUGAUUUUCCCUUCUCUCUCUAAAAAAAAGAGCUUUCUUUUUCUUUGUUUCUGAGAAGUUGUGGCCCCAGCAGAUCGAAAUCUCCAAUCUUUUUUUCAGUUUUAUGAGGAUCUGAGCUUCUUCAAUGGUGUUAGCAGACUACCCACUUUGUUCUUUUCUUCAAAUUCUUUCUUAAAUUAUUAUUUCUAUACAUCAUGUAAAAUGGGAGAGAGUACUUAUUAUUAUUAUACUACUAUUUAUUACUUUGUCUUCUUUUGUUCCUCUGCUUCUUCUUUUUUGGGGUCACUCAAUUCUCCAUAUGAUUCUUGAAUUGCUGCUGCUGCAAGUGUUGUUCAAUCCAUGAAAAAGGGUGUUGAGAACCAGUGUUUACAAGAUGUGGGGUUGAGCAGGCAGUAGAAUCAGCUGAUAGGCAUAGGCAAGCGUAGCGAAUCACAUAUAUAAGCCCCUGCCAGCGCACAGAUGGAUAGGGUGCGCGAAGCGCGAAGGGUUGAUGCUGACCACAUGUUCUUGUAUCCAAGAAUUGUCUCAUGUUAAGCUUAGGAAAGAGUACAAAAGAGAAGUCCACAUAUUCACACGUUGCGUGCAAAGUCUUCUACUCCUACAGAUAAUCUUGCAUGUGCUGAUCUGGCAUUAUUAAUUUGUAAUCUAUACAACCAAUUACAUGGAAAUGUUAACAAAGUAUUAAUUGCUAAUUUAUGUAAAGGGAGAACCGGCAAAGUUAAUCUUUUAAAAGACUUACUUGAAGCAGGAUAGGUUUUUCCAUUUCCUCUUUUUGGGAAAUAAACCUGAGAGAGUCUUCUUCAGGAAUGGGAACACAAGUGCACUAUAAAGGAUUCCGACCAAGCUAUUACUCUAUGAGGGACCUUAAUGAGGAUUCUAACAGCAGCAGUUGGACCCCAUCUUAUGGAGAUAAGACAUUACCAAACAGCCAAUAUUGUAAUGGUUUCACCCCGAGGACUACAACUAAUGCAUAUCCAGGGUAUGAUAAGGACAUUCUAAAGCAGAGAAUGCUUGAACACGAAGCCAUAUUCAGGAAUCAGGUGGUGGAACUUCAUCGCCUUUACAGAACUCAAAGGGACAUGAUGGACGAAUUUAAAAGGAAGGAAAUGCAUAAAUAUCGCGCAUCAAUGGAGCCAUCAUGUUCAUCCAGUCACCUAGGACCUCAAAUACCAUCUGAGGAUGUUCGGAAAUGGCACAUCACAAAUUUUCCGUUGGAAAAUUCUAGUUAUACGAGACCAUCUACAUCUGGUACUGAAAUUGUUAAUUCUCCAUUUAGUUCUUCAAAAGGAGAUGGUGUACAGCCUGGUCGAGUUCAAAUGCAAAAUGGAUAUUCUUCGAAAGCCUGUGAUAUUUUGGAGGCUAGGCCCUCAAAGGUCCGGAAAAUGUUGUUUGAUCUUCAGCUUCCAGCUGAUGAUUACAUAGAUACAGAAGAUGGUGGGCAGUCGCGAGAUAAUGCAGGAUCUUUACAUCCUAGUUAUCCUGCUAAUGGAAACUAUGUAGUUCCUCAAGAGAAUGGAACAAAAUUGUUUCUUGGUGGCGCUGGUGCUGCAAAAGGUGAUAGCCGAAAAGAUGCUUCAGCAUCCAAUUCAUGUUUGAGAAGCCCGAUUGGGUUGGCUGACCUAAAUGAACCAGCGCAGAUUGAUGAUGCAGCUGAUCCUGUUGAUUUUCUUGGUUACGGUAAUAAUCAUAAUGAGACUAGAAGCAUAAAUGCUUCUGCAAAAUCAAAUCCGCCGUUUGUGGCUUUGCCUUGGAAUUCCAAUUGUGCAAGCCCAAAUGAGUCUUUAAGUAACCCAUACAAUCGCAGUAGAGGCAAAGAGAGGGAGUGGUUGGCUUCGGCAUAUGAAACCGGUAACAUCAAAGGUAGCUCUGUUUCAUUACCAAGAGGUCUCGAAGAAGAAAAGAUCCCUACAGCUUCCCAUCAAGCACCAGUAAUUAUUAACAAAGCCUAUCAGGCUCCGGGCGCUCAUCUAGUUCACCACAUUAAGGAUGGAAUUUGGAAAGAUAGAACAGGACAUAGUUUAGAUAUGUCUCACAGAAAUGGUGAGCAGUCUAACUAUACUCAAGUGGGACCAUUUGUUACUUCCAAGAUGGCUAGUCCAUUUCCAUGUGCAGGUUCUUCUGAAUUUAGCAGUUCGUGGCCGCACUCUGUCUCUUCUUGGGAGAAGCCAAACGGUAGCUUUACUCAGAGGUUAUCCUCAUUGCAUACAAACUCAUUUUUCAACUCAUCUGCAGCAGUUGGUAAUGGUUCACAGUCAUCUCAGAGACAAAUUGGAGAUUAUUGGCAAGCUAAUGGUGGUAGUUCUAGGGUGCGUCCAGGCCGUGCCAGUGAGCUACCCAACCGAAGUGUUUUCUACCAUGGGUCCUCAUCUGGGACGAAAGAAUCACCAAUUCACAUCCCUUCAGGUGCUUUUGACUCUUUGAGCUACAUUAAGGGGGACCGUUUUACAUCUGAACGUUCCUCUAAUAAUGCAUCCGAGAAUUUUCUCAUUAGUUCUAACAAUACGGAUGUGAAAUCUGUUAAAGGCUUCAACUUAAAUGUGCUAGCAACAAGUGCACUCAGCGAGGAAGCUCCAAGGCAAGAUGUUGAGUUUAGUAAUGAAAAAAGAGAGCGUCAAGACCCUGUGACAGUUUUGCCAUGGCUUAAAGCUAAAUCAAAUUAUAAAAAUGAGGACGUCAAUACAAGGAUAGGUGGAACUUCAGCAAAUUCAGGAUUCGUCCAGGCUCACUCAAACUCUCCUUUCUGCCAGAGUGAUCCAUCAGCUUUGGAACAUCAGCAUAUGAAGACCACGAAAGAAGUGGGAGAGAUGGGACAUGUAAGAAAAAUUCUUGGUGUUCCAAUCCUCGACAUUCCCGUUGCUUCCAGAAAUGAGUCAUCAUCAUCACUUGUUUCCGCUUCUGCUAAUCUCCGUUCCUCUCCUGAGAGAAAGACUAUCAGACAUGAGAGGAGGAGUAUGGUGAUCGACAUUAAUGUGGCUUGUGAUCUUUCUAUGGUUGAGCCCGAAGAAUCUGAUGCUGUAGAACAUAUCGUUACUACGAAAGUGAUGGAGACAAAAACUAUCAACAUCAAGAAUCACUUUGAUCUGAACUCAUGUAUUACUGAUGAAGAACCAAUUUCUUAUGAAACCAAUAAGGCCAAUGUGAAGACUAUUCUGGAUAUAGAUCUGGAAGCCCCUGUAGUUAUGGACAUUGAACAAGAUAAUUUUCCUAGAGAAGAAGAUGAAAUGCAACAUGGGACAUCUUCGCAGCUGCCUGACCAUAAACCUGAGCAAACACAGGAGGAAUUACUCAGGAUUGCAGCAGAAGCAAUAGUUGUCAUCUCAUCAUCCGCUCAUUGCAACUCGACUGAGGAAAGACACAGUGAUACGUCUGAUGAUCCUCUGACAUCUCUUCGGUGGUUUGUUGAUGUGGUCUCUUCUUGUGCAGCCGAGCUAGAUAGUACUCCAUCUGCUAAAGAAAUUACAUACAGGAGCAACAACAUGAUGGUUGCACAUAGUGCUUUUAAGGAAAUUGAUUACUUUGAAGCAAUGACAUUGCAAUUAACAGAGACCAAGGAGGAAGACUACAUGCCCAAGCCAUUUGUUCCUGAAGUCCAAACAGUGGAAGAUGCAGGAGCCAGUUCACUAACAAACCGACCCCGAAGAGGGAAUGCAAGGAGGGGAAGACAACGGAGGGACUUCCAAAGGGAUAUCCUUCCCGGUCUAGCUUCAUUGUCAAGGCAUGAGGUGACCGAAGACAUUCAGAUAUUUGGAGGGUUGAUGAGAGCAACAGGCCAUACUUGGAACUCCAGUUUGACAAGAAGGAAUGGGACAAGAAAUGGAGGUACUAGGGGAAGACGGAAAAAAGUUGUGGACACCAGUAUUCCAGCCCCAGCCCCAGCCCCGGUGCUGACCACAACAACGGUGAGCUCUCCACUAAUACACCAACUUAAUAACAUUGAAGCCAGUUUGGAAGAUAAUAAAAGCCUAACAGGGUGGGGAAAGACACCUAGACGCCCUCGGAGACAAAGAUGCCCUGCAGGCACUCCUUCGGCUGUCCUGUUAACUUAAAACAUGGGGAAAACGAGGCUGUAAUUUCAUCCAUUCAUCGAUUAUAGAGUGACAUUAACCGAUUAACGGAUUUAGGGAGCUUCUUUUAUGAAUUUCAGGAGUGAAUUUUUUAGCUGCAUGGGGAUUGUUGUUGUACAUGUCUUUGUUCUUGCUCCAUAAUUUGGAGCCCCCAUUAUUAUGUUUCUGCCAUUGGAUAUACUGACCUUAUAUUCAGCAAGAUGCUGCAUAUUGUCUUGUGCUAUUAGCAUUUUAUUAAUGCUAUUCAGUGAAUGUUGUUGGCUUCCA